AUGCCUGGUCUUGAGCUUCCGCCUUUCCCGGACGACAUACCGACACAUCCUUUGUUGGUCGUGGACUUUGAGUUGAUCAAGGGUGGGGACGUUCAGGAGAUUGAUAAGCUUUGGAAGGCUGCGACGGAGCUUGGAUUUUGGUAUCUCAAGAAUCACAAUGCCGAUAACGAGGCAGAAGCUAUGUUUGAGAUGGGUGCUGAGACUAUGGACCUCCCGCUUGAUGAAAAGAUGAAAUAUGAGCAAGGUGACGGUGGAAGCUCCUUUGGAUACAAGGCCGCCGGAGCAAAUGCUACAGACGAGUAUGGUAACCUCGACACAGUUGAGUUCAUCAACGUGUCGAAGGACGAUGUGUUAGCGUACCCAAGAGUCGUACAUCGGACUUACCCUUCGACCGUUAACAAUCGUAUGGAGUCGACCAUCCGGCCCUUUGUGGAGAAGUCGCUACACGUAAACAAUACGGUGCUUUCCGUGUUCGAGAAGAAGCUCGGCCUUCCAAGUGGGACACUCCUUGAGCUUCAUUCACGGGAGGAGCCGAGCGGAUCUGAGGCUCGCUGCAUUAAGAAUCCGCCCAAACAGCCUGGCAUCGAUUCUACGAAUAAUGCAAAGGAGACAUCGGCGAUAGGCGCACAUACCGAUUUUGGCUCUCUCUCAUUUUUGCACAAUCGUCUUGGUGGAUUACAAGUUCUGCCGCCAAACAACCCGGACUGGCAAUACGUUCGCCCAAUUCCGGGGCAUGCCAUAUGUAACAUUGGAGAUGCACUCACGCUGUUUUCUGGGGGCAUUCUCCGGUCAAACUUACACCGUGUUGUACCUCCUCCUGGUGCACAGGCUGCGUAUCCACGUUGGUCACUUGUAUUCUUCACUCGGCCGGGCGGUAAUGUGCAGCUGCGUGCGCUAGUAGAUAAGAGCGGAACGAUUAGGGAUGUGGUGUCGCGUAUGUCGGAUGAGCAGCGUGCGAAAUAUGAGCCGAACACCACUGCGAUUGAGUGGUUUGCGAGAAGAAUUAGGAAUCAAAGAAUCAAGAACAGAGCGGUAAGUAUCUUUUUGUUUGUCCCGAUAGAGGUUAUACUAAUGAUUCGGUAUCAGGGCCCCGAGACGUGGCGUGCAAGCCGAGGCAUGGAGCACAAACCUGAGGUGGUUUAA